AUGAAGAGUCUGCAGACCAUCGGAGUGGUGUCUCUGCUGCUGCUGCUGCUCAAGGGGGCUCACAUCGACGGUUACAAGCCGGUUAUCAUCGUUCACGGGCUGUUUGAUGGACCUAAACAGUUUCAAACAUUGAUUGAAUACAUUAUAAAGGUAGGACACCUCAAAGGAGCUCAAGUAUGAAUCGAGUUUUAUUUAAAAAAAAAUUUAUUUUUUUUAUUUUAGAGAAAACGUUUAAAAACAAUGUUGUUUUAUGUAUUGUCUAGUUCACUUAAGCUAUCAGAAAGGGAAACUACCCUGAACGUUGACAUGUAGUGGAGUGAAAUUAAGAAAUAGAUCUAAAUGAAAACGUUCAAGGAAAGUACAGAUGUCUCUAAAGUUAAACUUGACUAAAUAAAGUGACUGUCAUAUUUGGACUUUGAGAGAAGUGAAAGUAUUCAAGAUAACACUUUCACUUCUUUAGCCACUUUCUAUUCCUCAGGAUCAGCUUACUUGCAGGUAACUUCUUGUCAAAGAGCUCGCAUGGUGCAUAAUGUGAAGUCAUUAAGGAUAUGAUUUAAUGAGCGUUUACUGUCUUUUCCUCUGCUGUUUUUACUUUCUGUUUGUUUGUUUUUUCAGGCACAUCCAGACACUGAGGUCCAUGCCAUCAGUUUGUACGACGACAGGAGGAGUUUGCACCCAUUGUGGAGGCAGGUCGGUGGCUUCGAGGAGAAAAUGAAGCCAAUCAUGGAGAAAUACCCCGAUGGGGUUCAUCUUCUGUGCUUCUCACAAGGUCCUUCCCACUCAUAACUCACUCAGCUGAACACUUUUGUUAUUGGAUAUGAAGUGGGCUGAAACUCUGUUAAUCCUCAGAUAAAGACAGUUAUUGAAAGUGCAUCAUUUUGGUCAGAACCUUCAAAAGUGUAUCGAGGCCAGCUCUCGUUUGAAGACCAGGCACCUUUCAUAUGUCUAUCAGAGAGAACACAAUGGAAUUUAAUACAAUCACACAUUUGGUCUUCAGUCAAGAACCUGUCAACUUUUCCCUGGGUGCAACCCACAUAACCAGCUCUGCUGCUCAUCCCACAAACGCAUGUUCCGUACAACACAGGACUGCACUGACACAAUAUUUUCUCUGUCUUAAACUACAUGUCCACUGAAAUUUGUGCACAAACUUUGCCCUUCAAAAUCACAAAAGCUUAAAACCCUGGGAGUAUUUUAAUGUUUUAUCCAACCAGUCUAUUACACAAAGUACAACACUGUUAAACAACACCAAAAUGAGCUCAAUAAUGAACAGGUUUGAGUGACCAUCUAUUUGACAAAAUGACCUUAAUGUUCAGUCAACAGCAGCCUGAAAAUACUCAACCAGAACUGACUGCUUUAACUCUAAUAAAAGCAUUAUUUAAACACACUCCUUUUAGCUUGAAGUGACAAAUAAACUAGUGACUGAGAGCUCAGUGAGAAAACCCAUCCACUGUCAGGGACAGAUAAAAAUAAGGUCAUAAAAAGAGAAGUGCCUCUCAGUCUGUCAAACACUAAGAGAAAUGAUCCCUCCCAGAUAAUGUUAGACAGAGUGGACAUUAUCUAUUCUGUUCAUAUUAAACACAAGGACAUCAAGAGGUCACAGAGAGGAAAGGCAGACAGAGUAUCUGUUAUCUGAAGGUCAGUUUACCAACAUAAUCACCAGGCAUGAAUGAAGGAAAACACACUAAACAGUGAGAUAUACUGUAUGCUCACUAUCAUACUCAUAAAUACACACAGACAUAAAGAGAAGAUGAACCAAAGAGAAGGGAGGAAGGAAACAGACACAAGCUCACACUAAAGAUGAGGAGCAGUAUCUAAACAAGUUUGACACUCCAGUUUCUGUUGCUGAAACGACAUGUGGCUGUUUUUGACCACAAUGACUUAACACUUCUUGUCAUUUUUCUUCUAGGGUCAGAUGGGGUCCUUUGACACUUUCAGCAUGUCUAAAUUACACUCGGGGUCAUUUCGGGACCCUGGCUGUUUCAAAUUGACUGAUAUUCAUGCAAAAAUAACAAAUCCAAAGAUUGUGAAACUGUUUAAAAGGCUGUAAAAGAACACAUUAAGAAAAAUUAACCCAUCAUAAUUCAGAUUUUCUUACCGUACCUCCUGAGAAGAAGCUGUCGGUUCUCCUGAGUGAAGGUCCACCUGCUCUAUGAACUGAACUCACACACACAGUUAGAGCUCAAAUACAGAGGAGCUGUCUGACCCACACUCUGUUUUUAUUCGACUGUAAUUGACUCUGAUAAAAUCCUGUAUGAAAUCAAGUACACCAAAUUUAUAUUCUUAGGUCAGAUGUAUGUUCAUACUCAAGAGUUAAGAAGCAGCAGCUGUCAAACUUCAACCUCAACAGCGAGGGCAUCAUGUUGUGAUUUUAAAUUUUUAGCAGAAAUAUCGAAUCAUUUCUAGGAAGAUGAAACAAUCCUGAAGAUUGUGCUUCUGAUACUCUAUAUUUGUUGAUGUUGAUUACUGUGGGACUUUUUUUUUCUGUCUUUUUUUCAAUCAGGUGGUACAGUUUGUCGAGCAAUCCUCUACAUGACUCCACGCCACAACGUGGACACCUUCAUUUCACUGUCAUCUCCACAAGCUGGGCAGUACGGAGGUCAGAGGGUUUCCUUUUAUACUUUCAGCAUGUCUACAUAACACUUACCCUUCAGGGAACAGUGUUAUUUUGGGUGUUAUAAUUUUAGAUUGAACAUCACCCAGCUACAGUUAUAUUAACUUUCAACAGGACAAAUGCAUUUCAAAGAGGCAGAGUCUCUCAAAUGUAAAGAUGGGAAGAGGUUAAUGUUCUGUGAGAGACUGUGUGAGCAAAUAGUUUAACAGAGGCUCUAGAGGAGAGAGGAGGAGAGCAGGGUUUAAUCUCAGGCAAAACACACAUUCACUCAAAUAAGUUUCAAAUAUGCGAUACUUGAAGACUGGCCGAGCUACCACAGGAGGUAUGGGUAUAAUCUGGUAGUGAGAGACAACCACAAUUACAGGUGAUGAGGUGCAGGAGGAGCCAGAGAAGAACCGUCCAAUCUCUGUAGAGGAAAAAGGGGGAGAAAGUCCACACAAGCCACAAACUAAACUCAGUGAGGCCAUCAGGUGUCCAAAAACAAGUUUAACCAUGACAAGAUUACUGUCUUUUUCCCACAGACACUGAAUACCUGAACAGAGUAUUCCCACACACGAUGAAGAAGACAGUAUUUCAUUUUUGCUACACCAAAAUAGGACAAAAAAUCUCCAUCUGCAACUACUGGAACGGUGAGAAUGAGAAGGGUCUGAAAUUAUUUGAAAAGCAGAUUUUUUAAUUUUUACCUUUAUAUCUACUCUGUAUCCAUCAGCUGGUACUUCCAGGUUUCCAAUAUCAAUAGCUUUUCAUUUCAUAUUAUAAAUGUUUGGCUCUACAUUCAGACAUCAGCAGGCAGCAAGUGUGUUAAUUCUGAUCCAGUCUCAAAUUUAAAGCCACCAGCAUCUGUAGCAGCCAUCUUAGCUUCUUUCAGAAGCCCAUCAUCAUAUUUAACUGUCUCUAAAAACGGUCAUGAUUGGCCUGAUCAGCUCCAGGUCAGAUGGAAAUCUUUCUUGACACAUCUCCCAGGGUAUAAGAAAGCUGCAGAUUAAUCUGUUUCAUUGACACUAAUAUCUACCUUACCUUUACUUUAUCAUUUUAAACUGAAGUAUCAAACAGUAAAUGUCCUUUUGUUUGUUUAGUAGGUGUAUAAAGACCUGAAUCUUUCUCUGCAGACCCUCAUCACAGGUCCAGUUACUUGAAACACAGCACCUUCCUGGCCCCGAUUAAUGGUGAUAGACCAGACCCAAACAUGAAAGGUAAUAAUUGAAGUACUUGAACAGGCCGUAGUGUUUCAUUAUUUUUCAGUACAGUAAAAAAGUAAAUUCACAGAUUUCUCCUUAGUGUGGAGGGAAAACUUCCUGCGCAUCAAGAAGCUUGUUCUGAUUGGAGGACCAGAUGAUGGCGUCAUAACACCGUGGCAGUCCAGGUUUUAACCCCAUCUAAGUUUUACAAAUUAAAACAAAAAUGUUGUUACUUUACAUUUAAGCUUUGUUGUGAAAUAUGAGGAAAUUAAAAAUUGCAGCUAAUGCAGAAGUACAUAAAACUGCAGUUCCUCGGGUGUCCACUUUAGGCCUGCUCUAAAGGUCAAGGAGACCCCUUUACACCAAUGUUAAAAUGUUGAUCUUUACAGCUGAAAUAAAAAAUUUUUACAGCCUAGAAUAAAAUAUGUUUGUAGUCUGAAAGGCCCAUGUCUAUAUUUGUACACGACAUUUGUCUAUCACUCAUUAGUUUCAGGCAAGUUUUCAUGUUCUCCGUACCUGGAGUGACUGUUUCCUCUUUUCUGCUCAGCCUCUUUGGAUUCUAUGACGAGAAGGAAAACGUGGUAGAAAUGAAGGACCAGAAUGUGAGUUUUAAAGGAUACAUCACUGCUUCUUUUUUUUCACCUUACACCCCAAUCACUUUAGUAUCACUGCAAAACCAGUCUGCAUGUGGCAGACUUCUCUCUCGUCUUUUUCAUCAUAAAUCUGUCUGUUGGGUAACUUGUCUUUCUCUUCGUCUGUCUUCUCAAAGUUUUACAGGAAAGACUUGUUUGGACUGAAGACCCUGGAUACUCGUGGGGACAUAUCGACGUGUGUUCGCUCUGGAGUGCAUCACACAACAUGGCACUCAAACCACACAGUGUUCAAUGACUGCAUUGAGAAGUGGUUAACAUGA